UUGAAUCGCAAAUAAUUUUGAAAACAAAAACUCUCUGCUCAUCUGCAAAUUGGGGUUUCAAUCUCUCAGUUUUGGUCGUCUUGGAAUAUGUGAAUCGGGUUUGAUUCGAACAUAGUUGUACGUUGGAAGGAAUCUACACGAAAGAGAUGGGCGAAUCUCAGAGCUUUACUUGGUCUUUGUAUACUCUAUCGAUCGUCUUCUUUACUCUUCUUCACAGCUUCCCAUUUCAAGCUCAAGCUGCUCCCCCUGCUGGUUCGUUGAUAAAGCACAUGUCCUCGGUUCUCAAGUGGACUACAGGUUCAUCCUCUAAAUUAUCCUCCCAAUCAGAAACUGCUAAUGUAGUUCAGUUUGAGAAUGGUUACUUGGUCGAAACCGUUGUGGAAGGAAACGAGAUCGGUGCCCUUCCUUACAAGAUUCGUGUCUCUGACGACGGAGAGCUUUAUGCUGUUGAUGAAGUUAACAGCAACAUCAUCAAAAUCACUCCUCCCUUGUCUCACUACAGCAGGGGAAGAUUGGUGGCUGGAUCUUUUCAAGGUAAAACGGGUCAUGCUGAUGGUAAACCAAACGAAGCUCGUUUUAAUCAUCCCAGAGGUGUAACUAUGGAUGAUAAAGGCAAUGUUUAUGUCGCUGACACUUUGAAUCUAGCCAUCCGAAAGAUUGGUGAUUCUGGUGUUACUACAAUAGCUGGAGGGAAAUCGAAUGUAGCUGGGUUUAGAGAUGGACCAAGCGAGGAUGCUAAAUUCUCAAACGAUUUCGAUCUUGUUUACGUUCGUCCUACUUGCUCCUUGCUGGUUAUCGACAGAGGUAACGCUGCUCUUCGCCAGAUCUCUCUUGCUGAAGAGGACUGCGAGUAUCACUCUAGCUCAAUCUCUUCUACUGAUAUCCUCUUGGUUAUUGGUGCCGUUGUCAUUGGUUACGCCACGUGUUUGCUCCAACAGGGCUUUGGACAUUCUUUUGUCUCUAAGACGUCAGAAACCAGCUUUGAAGAGGAGCAGCAACCAGGCAAAGAGGAACUCUCUCGCCCUGUCCUUGAGACAACAACAACAACAGCUAAGGAAGAACCUGGUUGGCCAUCGUUUGGACAACUCCUUAUCGAUCUCUGCAAACUCUCCCUCGAGUUUUUCACCAGCAACCUAGUCCCAGCCCGUUUCAAAACCAGCUCCAAUCUAAGGCCACUUAAAGAUAGACUCAAAAUGCCUGAAGACGAGCAAGAACCAACUUUAGUCCAAAGGCAUACUGCUCCAGCACCAAUCUCUGAGUCCCGACACGCCCACUUGCCUAAACAGAGUGAUACUUACCCUGAACAUAAGCCGUCGAAGACAAGAUCAAGUAGUGCAACAAAGGAUCCAUCAUCCAAGCACCAUCGGUCGUCAUCAUCAAAACGGCAGGAGUAUGCUCAGUUUUAUGCCUCGGGGGAGGUUGUGCAACCACCAAAGGUCCAUAAAGAGCGAUCAAGGCGUCGCCAUAGAGAUAAAACAACAACCGAGACAGAACCAAAGACAACAACAGCAUCAGAUACGGUGAAGCCAGUAGAGUACAGUAAUAGUUCAAAGUUUGAUCAUUUCAACAUGAGGAGCAGCAAGUAUGGACCUGAGACUCCAUUCCGCUUCUAGAAAACUCAAAUCACAUCCUCAUGAGAAGUUACCCUUUGAGCCUUGCCUUGGUGGGAGAUUCCUUAUGUUUUUUUGUAGUUUCAGAGCAACAAAAAAAGGGAUAAAGAAUUGUCUACUGUAAUGAAAUAUUAUUGAUUUGUUUCUUGUUUUUAUGAGCUUAACUGCUGUAAUAUACUGGAUUAUUGAGUUUACACUUCUAUGCAUAUUUUCUAGAGAAA